GAGAGAGCGAGAGCGAGAGAGAGAGAGAGAGAGAGAGAGCUACCGUGUGGGUGUCGCCGCUGUGUUUCUCUAGCGUGCUCACAGCAGGCGAGGCGGCAGUAGCAGCAGCAGCUGCGGGCAGUGUGUGGAGAGCGGCGCCGGCGACUAGACGUCCUCACUGGGGGAGCAGGCGGGACGAGAGCGCUGCGCGGAAGAGCAGGAUCAUCAGCAGCAGUCUUUAGCGGAUGUUUUGGACUUUCACCAUGUGCCUAAAGCCGGGUUGUGCGAGCGUGUCCCCCCCGUGAGCCGCUCUGAUCCCGAGCGGCGUGUGUGGUGAGAGUCUGUAUGGAGGCGAAGGAGCGGAGAGAAGUAGUAGCCCGCCCGCUUGCUGCCCCCCUCUCUCCCCGCAGCCUGAUGUCUGAGCGAUGGUAACGCAUGACCCAAGCGGGAGGGACCAUGGCUGAGCGGGCCAGCAAAUUCCUGCUGAUCGUCGUGGGCUCCGUGUUCUUCAUGCUGAUCCUGUACCAGUACGUAGCCCCCGGCAUGAUGGGCUUCGUCUCCCCGCACAGCUACCUGGGCGAGGAGGACAUGACCAUGUUCCCCACCCCGGACCCGCACUACGUCAAGAAGUACUACUUCCCCGUCAGGGACCUGGAGCGCGCCGUGGACUUCGAGAUCAAGGGCGAGGACGUGAUCGUCUUCCUGCACAUCCAGAAGACCGGCGGCACCACCUUCGGCCGCCACCUGGUGCAGAACGUGCGGCUGGAGGUGCCGUGCGACUGCCGCCCCGGACAGAAGAAGUGCACUUGCUACCGGCCCAACCGCAAGGAGACGUGGCUCUUCUCCCGCUUCUCCACCGGCUGGAGCUGCGGCUUACACGCCGACUGGACCGAGCUCACCAACUGCGUGCCGGGGGUGCUCAACAAGAAGGAGAGCAAGGCGAAGAAGCUGAGAAAGUUCUAUUACAUCACCCUGCUGAGGGACCCUGUGUCACGGUACCUGAGCGAGUGGCGGCACGUGCAGCGCGGCGCCACGUGGAAGACGUCGCUGCACAUGUGCGACGGGCGCACGCCCACGCCCCAGGAGCUGCCCUCCUGCUACGAGGGCUCAGACUGGUCAGGCUGCACACUGCAGCAGUUUAUGGACUGCCCGUACAACCUGGCCAACAACCGGCAGGUGCGCAUGCUGGCCGAUCUGAGCCUGGUGGGCUGCUACAACAUGUCCACGCUGCCUGAGAAAAAGCGCGCUCAGAUCUUGCUGGAGUCGGCCAAGAAGAACCUGCGCGACAUGGCCUUCUUCGGCUUGACCGAGUUCCAGCGUAAGACGCAGUACCUGUUUGAGCGCACCUUCCGGCUGCGUUUUAUCCGGCCCUUUGUGCAGUACAAUAGUACUCGUGCGGCCGGGGUGGACCUCGAAGAAGGUACCAUCCGCCGCAUUGAGGAGCUGAACGAGUUGGACAUGCGCCUCUACGACUACGCCAAGGACCUCUUCCAGCAGCGCUACAUGUACAAGCACAUGCUGGAGCGCCGCGAGCAGAGGAUGCUGCUGCUUCGUGGAAGGUCUGCCCCGCAUGGAGCUUCCCGGGACGAGGGGGGCGAGGGGACGGCACGUCUGCCAACCGAGGACUACAUGAACCAGAUCGUUAGUGGAUGGUAGCCCAGCAAAGGUCUCUUCAAAUGGGGAAAGCAGAGGAAGAGAGAGGAUUCAGAGGAUUAUGGUGGAAAGAGUUUGCUCGCAUAGGGAGAGAUUGGGUCAUUACAGACCCUCUCUUUCUCUCUCAAUCCUUCUCUCUUUCUUCCCUCAAGGAAAACCAGCUUAUAUCUAAGUUGGAACCGGACAAGCUGGAAAAUACGGUCAGUCAGAGACUACAGGUAUAGGGUGUUCACUUGCAAGUCCUUUCAAGUUGUGACCAAUUCAAGGAUACUUACCUGCAAGCCUUUUUGUCAUUCAAGAAGAGUAAGAAAGAAGGGAA